GAAACUAGAUACCGUCGCGCUCCAUGUUGGAUCAAGUCGCGCCACUUACGGGCCACAAACACGUUCUUGCGCGGAGCCGCAAUGGCGUUAGUUUCACCGGGGUUUAGCGCUCUGAAAUGUGGGCUUGCGACGUAACGAUUGGGUCAUUGUAACGUUGAACGAUUUAUUCCCCGACCUACGCGCUUGAAGACAUCGUUUUCUGUUCCAAUCGCGGACGAAAAGGCGUGCCUGUCCAAAAUCUUCCACAAAUAGUGAAAAACGGGCGGGAACUGGAUGUACUGGCCGAGGUCUCUUGCGUAGGUAGGCUGCAGCGUGUGUUUAUUGAUGAGAUGAAAGAAGAUGGAAGUGAGAAAUGAAACAAAGUAGGGAAAAAUAUUAAAAACUCAAGCCCUUGCCGGGGGGAAAAAAAGCGGAGAAAGCAGCGAAGAGCGAGCAGCACAAGGGCAGGAGAACAAGUUUAAAAUAAAAGUGCACGUGAAGUGAGAUUUCUGUCUUGUGACUACAGCUGAGACCUCAACAUAAGGAAUUAGAGCUCCAUUCAAUGUUUCUGCUGGACAUCAACAUUUAGAAAAUGUCUUGACGUUUGGGGUCCAAAAAAUUAAAAAUAUUGCAGACAGACGUGGGAAAAACAGAGGUAAUAGAAUUUUGAAAAGAUUGUUGGAUUUUGGAAAGACGACAUGAAUCCAGCAAAUUCAACAUGGAAAUCCAACAUGGGAUAUUUGUUCCCUGCACAAGCAAAAAUUUAGCAACCAAAGAUGCAAGAAUCAAAUUAAUGGAAAUAUGAGAUCACUACAUAAAAGAGAACUAGGUAAAGGCUUGGGGGAGAAGAAGCCCAAAUAUUUUGAAAUGUUGAGAGGCAUGGGGAAGGACAACUUUGUAUUUAGUAUAACGCUGUAGAAGAAAAGAAAUGCAUAGUAUUUUGCUUUUAAUCAAUAAGGAUAAUUUGGUGGAAAAUACGAAGAGGAGCCAAACUGAGGAGAGCACACAAAAAGGGCUUGUGCAAAAAAACAGUAUCUUAAGAGAAAAAAUAAUGGCUUUUGGAGAAGGAAGGUGCCACUCUUAGACAAAUGUUGAGCCUAUGCAAAGAUAUAGUGGAGGCUCUUGAGAAACUGCUGCUUGAGCUUAAGAACACGCAGCCUAUGAGGGAACAGUGCUCAGGAGUAUCAGCAGUAAAAAGCAGCAAUGAGCAGUGACCUUAUGCAUGAACUCUGAACAACAACAUCUAUGGCAUCCAGAAAUGCAGUUGGAGGCACUGCCUCAAGAGGUGGUGAGUCAAUGCCGCAAGAUCUGCCACAAGAGGAUGUAACUUCCAUUAUUAGUGAUAUUAGUUGCAAGGGGAUGACCGAGCGCAUUCACAACAUCAACCUCUACAACUUCAGUAAUUCUAUACUCGAAACCCUCAAUGAACAGCGAAACCGCGGGCACUUCUGUGACGUGACUGUUCGGAUCCAUGGAAGCAUGCUGCGAGCCCACCGUUGUGUACUUGCUGCCGGGAGCCCCUUCUUCCAGGACAAGCUGCUCCUGGGCUACAGCGACAUAGAGAUUCCCUCUGUGGUCUCAGUGAAGUCCAUCCAGAAGCUGAUAGACUUCAUGUACAGUGGGGUGUUGCGAGUCUCCCAGUCGGAAGCCUUACAGAUUCUCACAGCAGCCAGCAUCCUCCAGAUAAAAAAUGUCAUUGACGAGUGCACUCGCAUAGUCUCGCAGAAUGUGGGCUUGAGCGGGACCGGCGGCUUCCCUUUCAUUACGGGAGACUCGGGACAAGAGACGCCGAGAGACACCCCAGAGUCAGGAAGUUCGGGCCCAAGCAGUGACACGGAGAUGGGUUACAUGCAGCCUUCGUCACAGCAGAGUUUGGAGCGCGUUUACACGUCGCUGUACUCCUGCUCCAGCGUCUCGCUGCAGAACGGGACUCGGGAGCGCUCGUACUUCGGAGGGUCCAUCGUGGGCAGCUACGACUCCGCCCUGUUCAUACAGAAAGACCAGAAUGGACAAGACCCCGCCUGGGUCACUCGUAUUCAUGACAGGACACAGCAAAUGGAACAUUUCCUCUCCAACCCAGAGACCACCCACUGCCGCAAACAGUCCCGACCCGGGCGCCUUAAGACCGACAACAUGCACAUAAAACAGGAAGCCGAGGAUGAUUAUGGCUGCUUUGGACAGGAGCGAGAGAUGGAGGAGAACGCGGAAGACAUCGAUCAAACCGAAGAUGCUGAAAGUGAGCCCAAGGGUGAGAGUUUUGACUCCGGCGUGAGUUCGUCCAUCGGCACAGAGCCCGACACCAUGGAGCAGCAGUUCCUGACGGGCUUCGGAAGGGAGGGGAGCGGAGACAUGGUGCAAGGGGAAGGGCCUCCGCUGCAAAUAGAAGUGACUGAUUCUUCCCCCGAGCAAACAAACGAUUCUGAUGACAGAGGCGUGUGUCAAAAUCCGAGCGAACUGGGAAUACCCGCAGCAAACCCCGUCAUAUCGCAAACGCUGCCCAAUUCUCAAGUUUAUCUCCACCAACCUGAUAACCUUACCAGCAACCUGCGAAUGCCUCUCACCUUGACCAGCAACACCCAGGUUAUGGGCACUGCCGGGAAUACCUUCCUGCCUACUCUCUUCGCCACACAGUCAGCUGGAAGCAACAAGCCCUUUCUUUUCAGCCUGCCCCAGUCUGUGGGAGGCCAGCAACCCCAGUUUGUAGCAGUGCCUCCUUCUAAUAUGCCCCCCUUUGCCAACCAACUGCCGACCCAGCAGCCAUCAACACAGCAACAAGUGGGCGGAGGAAUGGGACAGGGUGAGAAGAAGCCCUACGAGUGCACUCUCUGCAGCAAAACUUUCACUGCCAAGCAGAACUACGUAAAACACAUGUUUGUGCACACUGGUGAGAAACCGCACCAGUGUAGCAUCUGUUGGCGCUCUUUUUCCCUGAAGGACUACCUAAUAAAACACAUGGUGACACAUACAGGCGUGCGUGCCUAUCAGUGCAGCAUCUGCAACAAGCGCUUUACCCAGAAGAGCUCUCUCAAUGUGCACAUGCGCCUGCACCGUGGUGAGAAGUCCUAUGAGUGUUAUGUCUGCAAGAAGAAGUUCUCCCAUAAAACGCUACUGGAGAGACACAUGGCACUGCACAGCACAGGCGGGAGUGGAAUCGCAGGUGUCGCUGGGACAGGGGCUCCUGUCUCCAUCCCAGUGCCCAUGGCUGUGUCUGAACCUGGUGCCGUAGCAGUGACCCUGACCAUGCCUGUGAGUGGAGGAGCUGGAGUUGGUGGUGGGGCAGGGGUCAGUGCAGGCAUGGGUAUGGCAGUUGAAGCUGGCUGUCAGGAGGGGACCACUAACAUGUGUUCCAUAUGCCCUGCCAAGUUUGACCAAAUUGAACACUUCAAUGACCACAUGCGUCUGCAUGUAUCAGAUGGAUAAGUACAAAGCAAAGACAACUUUAAAAAAAAAAGGCACUAGAUUUUUCUUAUUUUGGGGUAUGAAAAAUAACAAGUAUAGACACUGGCACAUUGUGUUUUCCAGAUGAGACAAAAUGCUUUUUUUGGUACUCUUUAGAAAAAAAAAAAAAAAAAGAUGGUGGCCUUAAGGCUAUGUAGUUUGAUUUUGGUCCACUGGUUGGAUCCUUACUACAGGCCUCUAAAUGUAUUCUUUUCACUAAAACUGAUUUCUGUGUUGAACACUACCAAAAGGCCUACUAUCUCUAAAAAACACAAUCAUACACUUAUUAACAUAUAAAAGCACACAUAAACAUACAGAAACACCAGUGAAAUGUUGCAAAUAUAGACAUGUUCCCAUAUAGACCAUUAUGGGCACUCUGAGUCCAAGCGUACUGUGGUAUAUAGGCUCCUUUAAAAAAAAAAAACUGAAAGUACCUGGCUUGUACUUUAAUUUAAGUUUAAAAGUAAUGAUGGUCACAAGUUUGCCUUUUGUAUAGAAUGAGGGAAGUAGAGUUAUCCGUAUGACACUGGGUUAUUAUUUAUUAUAAUAGUAUUGAGGGAUUUAAAUGCAGCUGUCAUUAUAUACAAGUAAAUUUUCAUAAUUGUACUAAAGUGUAACUUCCUUUACAGUAAGUGAGUAAUGGAGUGAUAGUUUGUUUUCAUUUUGAUGGUUCAGGGAAAGUCUUCAAAAUAGCAGUUUAUUAAUAUCAGAGCAAAAAUGAAAUAUUAAUUUUUUGCAUACACUGCCACUGAUAGCUUAAAAGACUGUUAAGGCUAUAUGACCUCUUCCACUUAGAAAAUGUGAGUUCGGAAAGAGAAGUGUUUUUAAUAUUUUUUUUUUUUUUUUUUUUUUUGGUUUCUUAUGUUUUUUUUCCUCGAAGGAUUGCAGCAUUAGACUAAUGUGUGCUGCCUAUUGUUGUCUUCAUUUUUAUAGCUGCACCUUUACUGCAUUAAUAACAUGCUUCAGACUGUUAUCACCUGCUGUUUCCAAAAACAGUCGCAAUUGGCAGAUUAUCAAAAGGUCCAUCAAGAAUGAAGGUAACAGCAGUGGUUUGGAUCACAUUAAAAAUAAUUUUGUCCAUUGUCAUAAAUAACCACCUUCAGCUGUGUCCCUUAAACCCUUUCUGUAUGUCCUGUUAGCAACUCCGUGACUCGGCUGUUUGGCCAGGAGGUUAAGACUAAAAUGCACUACUUACGACAUAUUGGCCCCUCCUGGUGAAUUAAAGAGUCAGCUUUUACUUACAGGAAAUAAUAGAAUUGGAAAAAAGAAAUAAAAAAGGUCACCUGUCAUCUGCUUCUUUUUGUAAUUAUUAA